AUGUGCUUCUAUGUAUCUGUACCUUCAAUCCUAAGAACGUUUCCAGCAGUUAUAUUUACAACUGUGCCUUGGUACUCUUGUGGAAUUCGUACCACUGCGGGCUUGGCACCUCCUCACGGACUCUCGGCCACCAUCGCGUUAGCUCUCCUGGCUCGGGAGAUGCACAUGACCCCUCGCUGCCGUGGCUACUUAGUGUCUGGAUACCCGAGGCACAUGGACGACGUGCACCAGUACAACCAGAAGCUGGGGAACAUAGACGGCGCCAUUCUGCUCGACUGGAGAGAAUCGACGCUACUGAACAAACUGGAAGCAGGAGCCAGGGUAGGCACACUCAUGCUAGACGCUGCCAGGAAGGAGCUUUCGGAUUUCCACAGCAAAGUCCUGCCUGUGUGUGAGCAUUACGAUAACCUGGGACUUCUUUACGUGGUAUCUGGGGACCGGAGUCAGGAGGAAGUGUUCAGGGACGUUCAAAGGGCCCACGCGAGGAUCCUGCAGCCUGCCCCUCUCCCGCCGCCGUCACGAGCUUCCGUAGGCUCCUACAGGGAGUACCGGAGCAUGGCGCCCUUCUCUCAGCUCCCGGCGCUCUCCGCUUCCUCCAUCAACGUCAACGCAAACCAGGUGUCGCUCCCGCCCUGCCUCUUCUUCAUGGGCUCCUACAGGGAGUACCGGAGCAUGGCGCCCUUCUCUCAGCUCCCGGCGCUCUCCGCUUCCUCCAUCAACGUCAACGCAAACCAGGUGUCGCUCCCGCCCUGCCUCUUCUUCAUGGGCGGACCUGGCAGCGACAAAUGGAAGCUGGUGAGCGGCAUAACGUACCUGUACCCCGGUUGGGCGUGCGUGGGCGUGGGCCAGAUGCUGAGAGAGCACAUCGACCGCUGGAAGGAGACCCCCGAGAUAUACGAAGAUUUGCCCAGCGAAAAGGUGGUAAUGAUUCAGAACCUCAUGACCAAAGGUGAACUCGUUCCUCAGGACUUAGUGCUACAGCUUCUGAAGGAGAAACUGGAGUCGCUGAAGGGCCGCGAAGGCAUCGUGGUCGUAGGUUACCCCAAAGACGUUAUUCAGGCUCAGUCUUUCGAAGAAAAGUUCCACCAGAUUCCGCCGCUGCUGCUCGUCGACUGCUCGGAGCUGGAGCUUGGCCGCAACCUGGGCCGCAGGGAGAGCCGCCUCGACGACAACGUGGCUGCGGCGCGGCGGCGUCUGGCCAUCUACAGGGAGGUCACGCUGCCCAUGCUCAAGGCCUUCGAUGAGAAGAACAGAUUGAAGAUCAUUGAUGGCGACGCUGACAUAGAGCAAGUGGAACGGGAAGUAAAGCGCGCCAUCUACGUAGAAACGCAACUCCUCUCCCGCCGCUCCAUCAGAAAUGAGGCCGAAAAAGCCAAGCAAGAUCAGUCGAACGGAAACGUCCUGCUACCUCCCGGACACGAAUUGGAAGUCGAAGUCAGGUCACUCUCGCAUGAAUUCAGCGAUUCGGACAUCAACGGCCAAGCUAAUAACAACCAGCCUAAACCAGAUCUUGUCUGA